CGCACCAUGACGCAUGACGUUGCACAAGGUGGAAGCUGAACAUGGCGUCGGGACAGCAGUGGGUGUUGGUGGAAAUGGUGCAGGCGUUUUAUGAGGCUCCUGCGUACCACCUGAUUCUGGAGGGGAUCCUCAUACUGUGGAUCAUCAGACUUCUGUUCUCUAAGACCUACAAACUUCACGAGACUUACAAACUGACCGAGAAGGAAAAGGAGGACCUGAUUGAGGAGUGGAUGCCAGAACCUCUUGUUCCUCUUUUAUCCAAAGAGCAGCUGCCGUCCCUCAGCUACGAUGUCGUCACUGGACCUCCCAGCCACAAAAUCAUCAUCAAUGGCAAAGAGUGCAUUAACUUUGCGUCGUUAAACUUCCUUGGUCUCCUCGACAACGAGAGAGUGAAGCAAAAGGCUUUGGCGUCGCUGAAGAAAUAUGGCGUGGGCACAUGUGGUCCGAGAGGCUUCUAUGGAACGUUUGACGUUCACCUGGAGCUGGAGAGCCGUCUGGCCACGUUCAUGAAAACAGAAGAAGCCAUCCUCUACUCUUAUGGCUUUGCCACCGUUGCGAGUGCAAUCCCUGCAUACUCCAAGAGGGGCGACAUCAUCUUUGUGGAUGAAGCCGCCUGCUUCUCCAUCCAGAAGGGUCUUCAAGCGUCCCGCAGCUUCAUCAAAUACUUCAAACACAACGACAUGGAGGAUCUGGAGAGGCUCUUGAAGGAGCAGGAGCUGGAGGACCAGAAGAAUCCUCGUAAAGCUCGAGUGACCAGAAAGUUCAUUGUGGUGGAGGGACUGUACAUUAACACAGCAGACAUCUGUCCUCUGCCUCAACUGGUGGAGCUGAAGUACAAGUACAAGGUGCGGCUCUUUCUGGAGGAGAGUCUUUCUUUUGGUGUGUUGGGGGAACACGGUCGAGGAGUCACGGAACACUUCGGGGUCAAUAUCGAUGACAUUGACCUGAUCAGUGCUAACAUGGAGAACGCCAUGGCCUCCAUUGGAGGCUUCUGCUGUGGACGCUCCUUCGUCAUCGACCAUCAGCGUCUGUCGGGUCAGGGCUACUGUUUCUCUGCGUCCCUGCCUCCGAUGUUGGCCGCUGCUGCCAUCGAAGCCCUCAACAUCAUGGAGGAGGAUCCAGACAUUUUUUCUGUCUUGAGGGAAAAGUGCAAACAUGUGUACAAGGCUUUACAAGGAAGUGCAGGACUGAAGUUAGUGGGAGAACCGUUCGCGCCUGCUCUUCACUUACAGCUGGACAAAACGUCGGGCUCCAGAGACGCCGACAUGAUGCUGCUCCGCAACAUUGUAGAUUACUGUUUGGAACGCGGUGUGGCUCUGACCCUCGCCCACUACCUGGAAAAAGAGGAGCGCUUCGUCCCUCCACCCAGCAUCAGAGUGGUGGUCACUGUUGAACAGACGGAGGACGACAUCCAGAAGGCCGUGUCUUGUAUACAGGAGGCAGCCGUAAGCGUCCUGAAAUGACAGUGUACCGACGGUCACUGCUGAGAGAAGUGACGCCGGGAGUUCACUCAGCACGUCGCCAUCACACCGUCAACUCCUGGUAUUAACAUCCAACCUGACACAUCUCAUCACAAGUGAACAGCGUGAAAAAUAACACCACACACACACACACACACACACACACACACUCACACUCUCCUGGUGUGAACAUGCGUCCUGGAUGUCUCUCCUCACUAAUGCUAACACACACACACACACACACACUUCAUGUCUGUUCAUGAAGACCAAACUAUGUUUUGAACCAGUGUCACUGUGCAGACGCGCUUCUUGUCCGUGUGUGUGUGUGUGUGUAUUGGCACAGAUGAUAACGAGUUAGAAACGUCGAGAGGAGCUCGUGAAUCAAAGCUCUUUUCACGCUGCUGUGACAUGAAACGAGAUUUAAACCAUCGGAGAAGAAAGAAAAUGUCGAUUAUUGUUAAUCAUGUUGCAUUGGCUACAAAUAAAUCAUGAGUGUGUGUGUUUGCUGAAAAAAUAUGAAAAUAGUUUGAGCUCACUGUGAAACGAAUGAUCACACUCAUCAUUCUCUGAACGGGUUUUCUCUUUCAAUGAUUGCAGUAGAGGAUGCUUUCAGGAUGCAUUUGGGUGUGUUCACACCUAAACCUUUAACUGAACACUAUGAUGAAGUGAUAGUUCAGGGUUUUUUUGUAAAUUGCGGUUGUUUGAGGCACAGGGGCAUCCUCUCCACGUCGGCUUUCACUGUGAAACAGCCUGAGACACAGAUGUGUUCACCCUCACUGAAAACAACAGGGACAAACAGGAUUUAACCACUUAACAAGAGGCUGUAAUAAAAAUAGACGCCUGCUUAAUCUAAAGAACAUGUUCAGAGCUUUAUCUCGCCGCUUCACGUCCUAUUCUCACUGGAAACGGAACUCCGGAGAGAGAAUCAGUGUUUUUAGCUCCACUGAAGUCACUAAAUAAUGUAUAAUCACUGAUUUUCUCUGGCAGAUUUAGCUUUAUUAUUUUGAAUGUUUUGGAGGUUGUUUUUUUUUUUUUUUUACAAAGCAGCACAAACUGGAGUUUCCAAUUUACUCAUUUACUCUCCUGAUAUUGUAGCUGGUGCAGAGCCUUGUGUUAAGUAUUAAAAAUCCGUCUUUUGAGUGAGCGCGAGCGUCUGUGGUUCUUGGUAGUUUGACACUGAGGGUGUGAGGUGAAGUCAGUGUUGACCUGGUGACCUUUACCUCAUACAACGUCACAUUAAAAAAACACUCCUGAGCUCAUGGCGCUCACACGUGGUUUUACUGGAGACUGAUUGUUUGCCUUUGUUUUCGUUGCAGCGCCACGUCCUUCAUGUUUGUACACGGAUGUGAAUGUAGGGACUGUAAGCAGUCAAGAAAAACAACUGCAGACCAGAUGAUGAUUUUUUUAUGUGCAGACCAAAGAGGAAAUGUUGCACUGGUUACGUGUGUGUUUGGUACACGAUGCUUUGCCUUUACAUUCCACUGGUGGUUUUACCUCAAACAGACACUGACUUUAACUACUGGAUGUUUUUUUUUGUUUUACAUGAGUUUUUAUUUCCAGCCACUAAACUUCCAUUAAAUGUAUGUGAUUUAAAAUGAGCUGUUGUUGUUAUUGAAACGGACUAAAAGAACCGUAAAUAAUAAAAGUGCUUUUUUAAUUUUCA